UAAGAGCUGUGAUUGUUUACGCGCGCCCCAUAGUAGAGCGUUGAGCCUACGCGCCAAUGGUUGAAAAAAAUAGAAAGUAUUGUAUAUAUCUUCUUCUGCAUCUUCUUCUCUGGGGAGAAGAGAAGAGCAAGAAAGAUGUUUGUUUCCGAUAAGCCUCGUUCUCCGAUUGAUUUCUACAAAGACGAUAACAAUCCAUCUCCAACAUCACGGGACAUAAACAUGAUGAUCGACGGAGAUCUACAACAACCGCCACAACAACAACAUCAGCAUCACCAGGCAAUCCUCGGGCUCGGAGACAGCAGCAGCGAGGAUCACGAGAUCAAAGCGCCGAAGAAACGAGCAGAGACAUGGGUACAAGACGAAACUCGGAUCUUGAUCAUUUUACGGAGAGAAAUGGACGGUCUUUUCAACACAUCGAAAUCUAACAAACAUCUCUGGGAGCAGAUUUCGACGAAGAUGAGAGAGAAAGGGUUCGAUCGAUCGCCGGCUAUGUGCACGGAUAAGUGGAGGAACAUUUUGAAAGAGUUUAAGAAAGCUAAGCAUCAAGAUAAAGGGAAUGGAUCAGGAUCAGCGAAGAUGUCGUAUUACAAUGAGAUUGAAGAUAUUCUUAGAGAAAGAAACAAGAAAGUGGCACUGUAUAAGAGCCCUGCUACACCACCUUCUAUUGCUAAAGUUGAUUCCUUUAUGCAAUUUGCAGAUAAAGGUUUUGAAGAUACAGGCAUUUCCUUUGCACCUGUUGAAGAUGUUUCAGGUAAUGGCAGGCCAACGCUAAAUCUUGAAAGGCAGCUCGAUCAUGAUGGUCAUCCUCUCGCCAUUCCUUCUGCUGAUGCUGUCACAGAAAAUGGAGUUCCUCCUUGGAAUUGGAGAGAAACCCCUGGAAAUGCAGGCAGUGAUGGUCAGGCAUAUGUGGGGAGGAUCAUAACAGUGAAAUUUGGAGAGUACACAAGAAGAGUUGGGAUUGAUGGUACAGCAGAAGCGAUCAAGGAAGCCAUCAGAUCAGCUUUUAGAUUAAGAACAAGACGAGCUUUUUGGCUAGAAGAUGAAGAACAGGUCGUUCGCUCUCUUGACAGAGACAUGCCUCUAAGGAACUACACACUCCAUGUCGAUGAAGGAAUAGCAGUUAGAGUGUGCCAUUACGAUGAAUCUGAUCCGUUACCAGUCCAUCAAGAGGAGAAGAUAUUUUACACGGAAGAAGAUUACAGAGAUUUCUUGGCUCGACGAGGAUGGACAUGUCUGAGAGAGUUUGAUGGGUUUCGGAACAUAGACAGUAACAUGGUUCGGAAUGUAUACAGUAUGGAUGAUCUUCAACCCGGUGUCUUAUACAGAGGAAUUAGAUGAGAAAAUGGAUACUGCAAAAAGCUCGAAGAAACUUAAAUUUUCCCCAUCAGUUACUGUAAAUAUAUGCUCUUUUCUUUGUACAGUCAAUCUUUGGGAUUAUUUUUUUGUACAUUUCUAUUUGCGAUUGUUAGUGUCAGAGAGCUUUGAUUGGCCCGCUUUAUAGAUCUAUUUUGUUUUGAUUUCAACAACAUUAUAAAACCAUGUAUUUAGC